CACCUCAAAUGCAUUAUCCUUAAAAGCUUCUUUUCUCCGUCCAUAUUUUCUGUCUUUCUUUUUCCCAAUCUUUUCACAUUUCCUAAUCACUCCCAUCACCCUAUAACAACAACACCAUACUACAUACAUUCAUAUCCACAUCCAUCACAUUCUCAACAAAUUCCAUCUCUUAUGGAAGAAAAAAAGGGAGUAAAAUGGAGUUGGACAUCAGCACUAAUCGGAGCAGCCUCCGCCGUAGCAGCCACCUCCAUCCUCUCCGCAAAACCAAAAGACCCAACCUUCCAUCUCAUUUCAAUCAAUUUCACUUCCUUAAAACCUAGUCUCCCUGUCGUAGACGCAGAGGUUCUCCUCACCGUCCACGUCACCAACCCAAACAUAGCUCCGAUUAACUACUCCUCCACAACUAUGUCUAUCUUCUACGAAGGUUCUCUUCUCGGUUCGGCUCCGGUUCAAGCCGGUUCGCAGCCGCCGCGUUCGUGUCAGCUUCUCCGACUCCCCGCUCGGCUUAAGGCGAGGAAGCUAGCGAAACACGCUGGACGUGUUGUGGCGGAUGUGGCUAAGCGGGAGAUGAUACUCGAUGCGGCGGUUGAUAUUGCUGGCACCGCUAGAGUUUUGUGGUGGGACCAUAACUUUAAAGUUCGUGUGAAUAGUCAUGUUACUGUUGACCCUGUUUUUCUUGAUGUUAUUGAUCAGGAAAAUACUGCACAACUUGAACUCUUUGCAUCAGACGAUGAGUUGGAAGGUGAAGAUGAAAUCGAAGCGAAAGUUCAAGAGUGAUCACUGAUCAACAUGUCAUGUUAGAUUUUUUUUGUUUUGUUUGCUAUCGUUGUGUUAUGUUGUUGUGUCUUAUUGGGUUUGGUUUAUUCAUUUGGAAUAUUUUAGGUUCGACUUUAAAAUUAUGUGACAUUUGAGGGUUGUAUAAUGUUUUACCAAACCAAAUUAUAUCAUGUUUAUAUA